GCGCGGGAUGGCUACUACUCUACUCGCCUGGUCUACUUCUGUUACCGGGCACUGCUGUCCGUGGCUCUGAUGUGUCCCUUCCAGUGUACAGUAGCAGAGCUCAUCUGCUCCGGAAUGGUUGCGGCUGAUGUCCAGAGAUCCGAAGCACGAGCAGUUAUGAUGUCCAUAGAACUUACUUUUCUGCUUCUGAUCUUCGCGGGGACAUGCUUCCUGGGACAGCGGAUGCUUGAUUGGGCUUUCGCCAAUGCUCGCAAGGCGGAAGCGGCUCUCUCUGCGCUCGUGGAUGCCAGACUCGGGCUCAUUGAGAAGCUGUGUGAUGCGGAGGUUGAACUCUCCGGGGAUCUGAAAAUGCUGGAAGCCAGUGCAUCCUGGGGAUCGAGGAUGGGUAUCCAUCUCGCGAGCUUUGAGGGCAGCUUCCUGGACAUUGUCGACGAGGAAGAUGAAGAGCGUGUUCUGACAUUCUUGCGCUCUGCGAGCUCCGAGG